UUUUUUCCCAUUCUUUUUUAUCUCUCGCUCGCUGCCUGCCUGCCUGCCUGCCCUCGCGCGAGCGAGAAAGGUAAAAGGAAAAAGGAAGGGAGAAAAAAAGACAGGAACUAAACAAACAAAAUAAAACAAUUGGAAGAGAAAGGAAAGGAAAGAAAUCUCUGAAUUUUUCUCUCCUCUCUGCAUUUCUUUUAUUAACAAUCGGAACAGUCUUCGAUCAUCCCCGCUAUACGCCGGUUUUUCUCCCAAUCCGCUUCUGAUUCAGUCAAAUCGCUUCGCUUCCUACUUUCUUUACUUGUUUUACUCUUCUGACUCCGACCAUAGGGUUAAGGUUUCCUUGGUAUACCGCGAAAGAAAAAAAAUUAAAAAAAAAGUGAAAUUCUGAUUUAGAUCAUGAAAUUAUGAUUUAGGGUUAGGGCAACAGGUUCAUCAUCGGCAUCAUCAUCGGCGCAAAUGGAUGCUUCAGGUACGGAUUCAGAUGCUUACGGAGGUGCCUCUUCUAAUUCAAGGAGACACAGAAUACUAUCGGCUUCGAAUAUAAUCCAAGCGCCUCUUUCAGCCUUGUUAGAAUACUCAGGUCUUCUUCGUACAUCACGUUCUAUCCACCAAGAAUCCGACCCUCUUAUCCCUAAUCCGAACCUAGAAAAUUCCACUUCUGCCCUUGCCAACAAUGGACAUGUUGCUAUUAGGAUAAUUGGGACGGGAGACAACCAUGAGAGCGAGAGAGAUGCAUCUGGUAUGGUAGCGGGCCAACUCAGGGAAGUUACUCCUCAGAACGAGGUGUUUCUGGGGUUGGGAACAUCUGAUGGUCAAGGAGGAAAUUCCAGAAGCAGCGAGCUAGGGGUGGCUGCUGGAGAAGGAGAAGGUGUUUCCCACUCCUCGUCCAAUGGGAGUGUUAGUGCUGAUGCAGAAGCUGGGGAUGGAGGUGGGGGUGGGUCUGGAGUUAAUAAUAGCAGAGAUUCCUCCUACCAAAGAUAUGACAUUCAGCAGGCUGCUAGGUGGAUUGAGCAAGUUCUGCCCUUUUCUUUACUUCUCUUGGUUGUUUUUAUCCGGCAACAUUUGCAAGGUUUCUUUGUUACAAUUUGGAUUGCUGCUGUAAUGUUCAAGUCUAAUGACAUUUUACGGAAACAAACCGCUUUGAAGGGGGAGAGAAAGAUCUCUGUUCUGACUGGAAUCUGUGUUGCUUUCACGCUCCAUGUUAUCGCUGUAUAUUGGUGGUAUUGGAAUGAUGAUCUUUUGUAUCCAUUGGUGAUGCUUCCCCCAAAAUAUAUUCCACCUUUCUGGCAUGCUAUUUUUAUUAUCAUGGUUAAUGAUACUUUAGUUCGGCAGGAAGCAAUGGUUUUAAAGUGCUUUCUGUUAAUGUAUUACAAGAACAGCAGAGGCAGAAAUUACAGGAAGCAGGGUCAAAUGCUGACAUUGGUUGAGUACAUGAUGCUACUUUACCGUGCUUUACUGCCAACUCCAGUUUGGUACCGUUUCUUCUUAAACAAAGACUAUGGAAGCCUCUUUUCAUCACUAAUGACAGGGUUGUACUUAACCUUCAAGCUGACUUCUGUUGUUGAGAAGGUGCAAUCCUUCUUUGCUGCAUUGAAGGCAUUAUCUCGUAAAGAGGUACAUUAUGGUGCUUAUGCAACAUCGGAGCAGGUGAAUGCUGCUGGGGACCUGUGUGCCAUCUGCCAAGAGAAGAUGCAUGCUCCUAUACUACUACGUUGUAAACACAUCUUUUGUGAAGAUUGUGUGUCUGAGUGGUUUGAGAGGGAAAGAACUUGUCCUUUGUGUAGGGCGUUGGUUAAACCUGCAGAUCUGAGAUCAUAUGGUGAUGGAUCUACUAGUUUGUUUUUUCAGAUAUUCUAAUAUCAUUGCUAAGAUACGAUCAGAAUCAGAAUCAGAAUCAGGGAAGCUUUACUGCUUGGAUGUUCCUAAAAUGUAUCCAGAGCAGCCCUAUCCUGAACCUCAUCAUCAUCAUCAUCAUCCUCUAGAGGGGUAAAUUGGAUUGUUUGGUUUUGCCAUGUCUUGUCAAUGUGAAUUUAACUACGAAGUUGAAACCAAAACAACUGAUUUGGAAAGAAGUAAAAAAAAAAAAAUUGGACGUCUUCUGUUCCUUUUGUAUGUUGUAAUGUGAAAGGGUUGAAUUUGAAUUGAAUGUAUCUAUCUAAUGGGCCCUCUAAGCAACACGUAGAGUUGGUCUUAUCAGUAUAUGUUACGGUUCUAUUGGCGUAAAUGCAAACCUCUUUUAUUUUUUCUCC